AUGUACUUUGUAUGUCAAAAGGUUGCGUGCUUUGCCAAAGGUCGCCUCUUCUUGUUUCCGCGAGCCUUCCCCGAGCAGUUCGAGGUCGGCAUGGGUACUCUUGCUUUUCCUCCGGCUCCAUCAUCGCUGUCUCUCGACUCUGGUUGGACAAAAGCCGAUGAGGACGACGACGUCCGUGAUGAUGAGAUCUCUCUGCCCACUGAAGCCAUCGUUAUUGUCUACGACAAUGGAAACGAAAAUGGACAACCCCGGCCAGGCCGUGGAGAUAAAAUGGUCCGAUGGAACAGGAUGCGUCGUAGUCGCCCUCCAUUCGGUGGGAUCCUCUCGGGACGUUUUUGCACUUGGCAAACUAUCGGGCGGCACAAGGCAGCACGGCGACAUGACGAUACUGAAGAUAUAUUUUAG